AUGGCUACAUCCGCUCCAAUUAUGGGUGGUGGGAACUCUGGACCAAUUGUGGAAGCACACUCGUUGAUAACCCAGCUUUAUGAUCCUGCGAACCAACGGAACCCGACCACCAUAAAUGAAAUCCAAACACGAUUACAACACCUGCAAAAAGGCGACCAUGCCUGGGAAAUUGCGGACUCUCUACUUCGCGAACGGUCUGCGCAUCAUCGUUUUAUGGGCGCCCUUACUUUCACUGUGAAGAUCAAUGUAUCAGGGAAUCAAAUCGAAGAGGCAACCACCUGUCAAAUCCUGGAACGACUCAUCAAUCAUUUUGUCACAAUCGUGAACGAGGGCGAACAAACAAUGGUGGUCAGGAAGCUUGCUUCUAGUCUUGUUGCUAUCUUUCGGCAUACGGCUAGCUCUUGGAAACGAGCUCUUUGGCAGCUGGCUGCAAGUCUCGCCCACGGCGGUUUUGUUUCGGAAUCAGAAUGCCAGACGGUAGACUUCCUGAACGGAGUUCUUCCAACAUUGUCUACCUCAAAGGCCACAGCCCUGGUAUUCUUUUCGAUCGCUUUAGCCGAGGAAGCAUCUAGAUUGGAAGCUGAGCCUCAAGAAUUGGUGGGCUCAGUCAUCCAGCGCGUAGUGGAAAACAUAGGAGAUGCGUUCUUGCUCGUUCAGUAUAUCCUCAGGCAGAUUGCGUAUCAUGCAGCAGAAGCUGGCAGUGAGUCUAUGGAGGCUACCCUGAGCCACGAGGCUAUGGGGUCUUGGAAGACAUGGCUUGGUGUUUAUGGAAACCAUCGCCAUUCCAGUGACAAACAAACACAAGCUCUCGUCAUCUCGUGUGGUCAUGAUAUCAUUGAAGCAUUGCGACUACCGAGCUUCAGUGAGAGUGCAGCCUCUGUAUUAACCCCAGCGCUCGAGACUCGUUCCUGGGCAUUUGAUACCCAUUCCAUUUUCACUAUUGCACAGGUUCUUUCAGACUCCAUUGUGACCAAGCAUCUGCUCUCAGUUACAGGGGAGGACUAUGAUACUGAUAGUAUGACAUUCAUUGAUCUCCUCGUUGCAUAUGUCUCUUUGGUCGGCUUUGAUCUAUUCAGUGAUCCUAUGAAACGCCAAAACUCUCAAAUAUUGGCUAUUUUGCAUAAUAUUUUCAAGAUUCCAGGCUACGCAGCUAUUGAUGAGUCGGCCACAACACGCGUCCUGGAGUACUGGGGUGAAAUUGCUGAGUGUCUACCGGACAAGUUGGAGUCUUCUGAUUCUAGAUAUCAAAUUGUCAAAUCUCAGAUGGCUGAAGUUGUUCUUGGCAUGUUUAACAAGCUCCUGUAUCCAAACCCCAGUGACAUUGUUGACUGGAGUGAUGAGGAGAGGAGUGAGUUCAAUUCCUACCGUCAUGAAGCAUGCGAUUAUCUUCUUUCUGCGUACCCUGUUUUGGGAAUAGAGCUCGUGAGCGUAUUCCAGGAAAGCGCAGCCAAUCAUUUACAGAAGCUUGAUUGGCGAGGCUUUGAAGUUGCUAUGUUCUGUCUUGCCCAGCUUUCUGAAGCAGUUGAUGAGAAUGGCCAUGCAGACCAAUGCUUAGAUUCAAUCUUCGGUAGCGACGCCUUUGCCCAGCUAUGCCUGGGUGGCGAGACCGGAAUUCCACUGAAGGCACGUCAGACACUUGUCGAUUCUUUUGGAAAAUACGAGUCAUAUUUUGAACGACACAGCUACCUCUUGCCGAGUGUUCUGAACAUCCUUUUCGAAUCAUUGAACUUUGAAUCCUGUGCCCAACCGGCCUCACGGUCUAUUCUGACGCUCUCAAAAUCCUGCUCCCGGAUGCUGAUAACUGAGCUCCCGACCUUCCUUGAUCGAUUGGACCAGUUCCGGACAAGACCUACAGCAACAGUCUCUACAAUGCCGAAGGUUCUCGAAGGAAUUGCGACAAUCAUACAAAAAUUAGAGUCAGAUGAGCAGAAAGUACAAACACUGGAAAGAAUCCUCGGAUUCUUUGUCCAAGAAGCCAAGACAGCACGUGAAGAAGCAGCUGGCUCCGCAUUCGAGAUUGCACGGGCCCAUGGACAUCUGGUGCUCAGUUGCAUUGCCAGCAUUGGCAAAGGACUUCGGUCCGACGGAGAUGAGGUUGUCAUUAACCUGGAUGCAGUACAAGAACAGGAUCCAUACCCUGCAUCAUUUUGGAAUUCCGGGCCUGGAUCGCCAGUACAGCAGCUCAUCAUGGAGGCAAUGCGUCUACUGAUUGUUGAUUUCCCCGUUGAUAGUGGCAUCAUUGAUUCAGCAUGCGACAUUCUUAAAGCCGGUUACACCGAGUCAAGCGGACUCUUUGUCUUCCCUCCUUCGUUGACAGUGGAUUUCAUCAAAAGCUUCCCUCUCGGUAUUUCGGGAACUGAUGUCAUCAUGGCCACAGCAUCGUCAUUCCUCGCAUCGCAUGCUUCACAUGCUAUGAAGAUCAGGGAAGAGACGGUGCAACUGAUUGCUCACGUGUCGCAACUCUUCGCUUCGAUGCUUGACAAUCCCGACAUCUAUGACCCUGAGACUGCUAAUGCGGGUAUUGAUUUCCUUGCGCGUCUCUUGCCAAAAUACUACCCCAUUCUCUUCUCUUUGACCGAGCCUCUUCCUUCUGCCUCUGGCUCAGAGUCGCAAGGAACCCCAAUCUUUGCCCUCGUACUGAAAUUUGCCCUUCGUGCUCUUACCAGGCCCGAGCCUCUCGUUCUUCGCUCUGGUUCGGCAUUCUGGGUCGCCAUGAUAGAUCUACGAGGCGGGUCUCCCGACGAGACCAUCGCGCUGGAUCAAGUUCUGGAACAUUUCGUCCCCCCUCUAUGUGAAACAUUGAUCGGACAAAUCGCAGGUCGAUGCGCGCGGUCUGAUCUGACCUUCCUAAAUGACGUCUUGCGACGACUGAUGUUCAAGAAAAUGGUACUGGCGCGGCCUAAUCUAAUCGCCGCACUCAGUGCUUUUGAUGCCCAGGGUACCGAUGCUAACGGUAUUCAAACACCGGUUCUCACUGCGCAAGAUAAGUCUAGAUUUGUAGAGUCCCUUGUUGUUGCGCGCGGUGGGAAGUCACAGUCAUUAGACAUUGUGCGAUCGCUGUGGUUAAAAUGUCGUGGGAUGACCUUUGAUUAUGUGCAAUAG